CAGCAGCAACCAGCAGCAGCAGCAGCAACCAGCAGGAGCAGCAACCAGCAGCAGCAGCAGCAACCAGCAGCAGCAACCAGCAGCAGCAGCGGCGGCAGCGGCAGCGGCAGCAGUGGCGGCGGCAGCAGCAGCAGCAACAGCAAAGCAGCGGUUGCAGCACAGCAAAGCAGAAAGCAGCAGCAGUGGCACCAGUGGCAGCAGCAACGACUAAGCAACCAGCAGCAGCAGCAGCCGCAGACAUGCUACCUUUCGUCCACCCCCAUCUCCUCAAGUUACUAGUAGAACAUGUCAAUAAAUAUAGCAUCCCAUCAUCCCCGGAACAUGUGAAAGGCUUUCAUCACUUGUUGGUAAAUGGCUCCCCUCUCUUACCCAUCAUCCACUGUGAUUCGGAUCGCCGUCGAUCCAUUUCCGGAGGUGCACGUGGGCCUCUUCGGGCCUGGGUGCUGCUCAUCCUCAGGACCUGGCGUUCAGCCGCGGAGCUUUGGCGUCAGCGGCAGAGGCUCGCAGAGGUGGCCUUCCAAGAAGAGCUCAGACGAAGAGCGUUCAGAGUUCUCCUGGCGUGGAGAAAUUUCCAUGAGAAGACCCCACGUGAGCCUGUGCAGCCUGUGGCCGCACCCAUGCUCGAGAGCUUGUUGGUGGAUCUUCAACCAAAAGAGAAGCUGCUCUCGCGGACCCGACAGCGCUCUCCUUUGCGCACUGCGGAGCAGCGCAACGCCAACGGCGCAGUGCUGACCGCGCAACGAAGCCCACGUGCCGAAGGUGAUGAGGAGGACGAACCGAAGCGGCCGACACUUCUGCGUGGCCCUGAGCGGUUCUUCUACGACACCUCCAGCUACACUGGUUGCGCUCGAUAUGGCGGGCCAAUGAUUGUUGACAAGAAAGAGAACCUGCGGGAGACGAACCCGGCUGAGAGAGGCGCAGUGCGAUCACCACGGCGGCGACACUCGAAGGUGGAGAGGUGAUCAAGCGAGACCGAGGUUCGCCCCGGCAGAGGCUGGCGAGGAAGUGAGAGAGGCGCUGCGAGCACUUUUCUGAUAUCUUGA